CUCAUUUACACUCAAAUGUGACUUGAAUUUAUUUUAUUUUAAUUUUAAUUUUUAAUGUUUUUGUUUCUUUAUUAUUUUAAUUUUUAUCCAAGUUAAUAAUUUCAAAAUGUCAGUUUAAAUGAUUCUACUUUUCUUCACAAAUUUCAACCCCUUUAGUAAGGUUUGAUGGAUUAUUUUCCAUCAGUAUACACCUAUUUUAAUAUUUUAAACGUAUUUUAACUUUUAACUAGUUUGGAAAUGUUUUCCACUUCUCAUACUUCUUAAUUCAAAUGACAAACGACUCUGAGACUAACAAUUCUAGCCAGCAAUUCGACAUCUCUAAGUAUUGGGCAUUCCGAUCCAUUAACGUUCUUUUCUUUUUGUCAAUUUUUGUCAUUUUUGUCAUUCUUCUGAUCCCUAUUUCAUACCUUAAUAAGGAAAGAGCCCCCUGUAUUGUUCCACUUGACCUUAACGUCCCCGCAUACUCACAUGCUAUUAAGGUUUCAGCAAUAAAACAGAAAGGGUCCAUUCUUUCUGUUACUUACAGUACUCACAAUUCUGAUCACAUUAUAGGAACCUUAACAUUUGGUGGUGUAACAUUAGAACAUGACGGUAACUACUUGGGAAGAUAUGUUAGUGUUCAUCAUAUUGAAAACAGAAAACGUUUACCGUUUCGUGUCCUAGUCGUGGACGUUUACCCAUACGUGUUUGUUUUCAGGAGGUUCCUGCUAAACGAGUAUAGUGAAUCAACUUAUAAACAGAUCGAUGGCUACGUUUAUGUAAUUAAAGGAUUAGAACAACAGAGGCUGGAUCUCCACAUGAGUGAUUUAUUCAACUCCACUCCGAUCUCCGUUUUCAAGUCCAAUUACGAGGAUGUGGACGGGAGAUAUGUGACCCAGUAUGUUGCAGAUAGUACACACAGAUUCGCAACACUCAAAUAUAAUAUCAAUGAUGAAACAAAGAUAAUUCCGGAAUACCCAAAUGCUCAACAAAUUACCACAAUCACUGUCAUAUCAAACAAAUCAUUGGAAGCUUACAAGGUUGUCAUUACAUACUACUCAAAUUUGGCAAGAACCAAUGAACCCCAAUUCAAAGAAUUAUACUAUUCUGCUUCCGAUCCAACGGUGUUUUAUGAUAAUGUUCAUGAUUUAUCAUCUCGAGCCGAUUUGAAGAUUGCUGACCUAGAUUUCCAGUUAAACAGGCAUGAAAACGUCCAAAAGACACCAGUGGAGUACUUCCACUCACUUAAUAAGAACGAUUUUCUAUUACAUUUUUACCUUAACCAGGAUUUUAUCAAAUAUGAAAUUGUAACUUCUGAUUUAAUGGACCUGAUUCUCACUGUUCAACUUGACUUAGAAGAACCACUUGACCAGGAAUUACUAGACAGGACUCUAGUUAUCCAGUAUAAACCACGAUUCACAGCUCCGCCAACAUUUUACCUCUUCCACCGCUACCUUUAUUACACCAACGUUACAAUUUUUAUAGAGGAAGUUUGAUUUGUUUGUUGAUUAUGAAUCCUACCAAAGCAUGAGA